AUGAGUGAAAAGGGCGAAAGUUUUCGUGGCGAAGUUUCUCGACCUGCAAAGAUUCUUUACAUUAAUGCAUAUGAUGCCCCGUCCAGCGAUCUCAUUUCUCAGCUGCAGCGUAAUCUCGGCGUGGACGUUGAUGUUUGUGACCGUGUUAAAACACUGGGCAUCAAAGGGUGCAUUCCUGCCUUUCCGUUAUAUGAUGCCGUUGUGGUAGGUCCGGGUGACGAUUCGGACGUUUGGGAGGGAUCUCUAGCCGAGCUUUGGGAUUGCGAAAAGGUUCCUAUGCUUGCAGUCGGCGUGCCCUUUCUGGAUUUCUGCUUUGAGCACCAUGCGGGAAUUGAGAAAUUUCCACGAUCGCUAGAUGGAACACACCUAGAUUUGGUGCAUUGCGGAGAGAAUAUAUUUAAAGGCUUGGGGGAGUUUAAAGUGACACCGUUCUAUAAUUAUCGGGCUGGGAUUCGGCAUCUAACAGAACGUCGCGUGGUGGAUCACCAACAUGAGGAUAACUGGUACCCAAGCACGCGAUGCUCAGAAAUCGCACCUCUUGCUUGGUGCUCUAUUCCAAGUGAAAACCAGUCGGCGUUGAUGGCGGCUCACCACUUGAAAAAUCCUAUCUGGGCCAUUUAUUUUCGUCUUGAAGCUUGCAAGCCAACUCAACUCGGCUCCGAGCUUUUAAAAGGAUGGUAG